GUCCGUUUGUCUUCUGAUUCGCUUUCCGCACGCGUAUUCCUACUCUCACUGGAUCUAGAGCCUGAAGCCGGAGGCCAGAGUACUGCGAAAGACUCGGUAGAGUGAUUGGGAGUAUACGUAAGAAAAAGCCGAAAAGUCUUUAGCAAAUUAAAGCUGAAGCCUUAAAAGACCAGAGCGCCUGUUGUCUAUUACCCCCUUUCGUUUCGGUAGACAAGUCUUGUGUAUACUCCUCGUCAUGGCUCAGCUCCAGGCUCGCUUCUUCACUGACAAUAAGAAAUAUGUGGUAGAUGAUGUUCCCUUCUCAAUUCCUGCAGCCUCUGAAAUUGCUGACCUUAGUAACAUCAUCAAUAAAUUGCUGGAGGCCAAAAAUGAGUUACACAAACAUGUGGAGUUUGAUUUCCUCAUCAAGGGCCAGUUUCUGCGAAUGCCCUUACUCAAACACAUGGAACUGGAAAACAUCUCAUCGGAAGAGGUUGUGGAACUAGAAUAUGUGGAGAAGUACACUGCACCUCAGCCAGAACAAUGCUUGUUCCAUGAUGAUUGGAUCAGUUCAGUCAGAGGGGCAGAGGAAUGGAUCUUGACUGGUUCUUAUGAUAAGACUUCGAGGAUCUGGUCCUUGGAAGGAAAGUCAAUAAUGACAAUUGUGGGACACACAGAUGUUGUAAAAGAUGUGGCCUGGGUGAAAAAAGACAGUUUGUCUUGCCUACUAUUGAGUGCCUCUAUGGAUCAGACUAUUCUCUUAUGGGAGUGGAAUGUAGAGAGAAACAAAGUGAAAGCCCUGCACUGCUGCAGAGGUCAUGCUGGAAGUGUGGAUUCUAUAGCUGUUGAUAGCACAGGAACUAAAUUUUGCAGUGGCUCCUGGGACAAGAUGCUAAAGAUCUGGUCUACAGUUCCUACAGAUGAAGAAGAUGAAAUGGAGGAAUCCACAAAUCGACCAAGAAAGAAACAGAAAACAGAGCAGUUGGGACUGACAAGGACUCCCAUAGUGACCCUCUCUGGGCACAAAGAAGCAAUUUCAUCGGUUCUGUGGUCAGAUGCUGAAGAAAUCUGCAGUGCAUCUUGGGACCACACAAUUAGAGUGUGGGAUGUUGAGUCUGGCAGUCUUAAGUCAACUUUGACAGGAAAUAGAGUGUUUAAUUGUAUCUCCUAUUCUCCGCUUUGUAAACGUUUAGCGUCUGGAAGUACAGAUAGGCAUAUCAGGCUGUGGGAUCCCCGAACUAAAGAUGGUUCUUUGGUGUCGCUGUCCCUAACCUCACAUACAGGCUGGGUCACAUCAUUAAAGUGGUCUCCUACCCAUGAGCAGCAGCUGAUUUCAGGUUCUUUAGAUAACAUUGUGAAACUGUGGGAUACAAGAAGUUGUAAGGCUCCUCUCUAUGAUCUGGCUGCUCAUGAAGACAAAGUUCUGAGUGUAGACUGGACAGACACAGGGUUACUUCUGAGUGGAGGAGCAGACAAUAAAUUGUAUUCCUAUAGAUAUUCACCUACCACUUCUCAUGUUGGGGCUUGAAAGUGAAUGAUAGAUUUGACUACAGAGAUUGUGUCUGUAAAUGAAAUAGAGAAUCCUCAGAUUGCAUCAGUGACGGUUCAGAAAGCAGUCUCUUAAAGUUUAUAGUUUCAUCCUUGAUGAUAACUAUCACUAUUUCUUUAUUUUGUAUUUAUUAUAUAGUAGUGUGUGUUGUUAAAAUGUAAAAGCGACCUGCCUUCUCAGCCAUAUGCAAACUCUUGAAACUAAACUGAAUUUUUUAUUUCCUUUUAGAGGUAUUGGUUUGAAUUAAGAUUUGUUUUUGAAAUGCUGUAAAAGCAUAUAUUUAAAGUAAUUGUCCAGAUUUUCAUUUCUGAUGGGGACACUUACGUAUUCCUAUGUUAGCUGUUUAAGAAAAGUAUCUUAAGAAAACUAAUAAAUUCUAUUAGAAAAAAUUAGAAAUAACACUUUGCUUUGGGUAAAAUAAGUGAUGUCUAACCUAUCAUAAGAUUUUGUGGGCAUUCAGCAUUAAAACAUAUAGAUCCUGCUGCCAA